CAGUGGAAGUGAAUUCAUUCUGUUACGCAUCGUACCCCAUUGGAAGACCACCUCAGCAGUUUGUACCAAGCACUCAGCCAGCAUUGGUGCCAUUUUGUUCAAAACGAAUCUCAGUAGCACAGCCGCGGAGGCAAAGCGAGCUUCUGCAGCAGAGGUAUCUUCUAAGCCCAUGUCUUCUUCGUCGUCGGGAACGUGAAUGUUAGCUCCCGGUUCGUUUUCAAGCAAACUCUUCAUCCAGAGCUUUUUGGAGUGCAUCACGACCUGUUCGAUCUGUGGUGCCAGACGAUGCUCCGCCGACGAUGGCGUCAGCGGCAUAGUCGCAAGCUGUCAACAGUUUUGAGACUUCGCGGCAUAGUCGCAAAAUUGUUGGCAGCUGCUCGAUGAUUUCAUACUAUUCUCUUCCAGUAAACGCUCUAAAAGCCACC